ACAUAAUUUAGUCAAUGUAGUCAUACCAUACGAUACCAUACAGAUACAGUCAUACGUCAAAAUGGCUGAGCUAAUAUCGAUACCGUUGAAGAAACCGUCUGAUGUAGAUGUCAUUAAACCACUUACAAACGUUAUUAAAUCGACAUAUAGUGGUGCAGGUAAUCAGAAUGAUUAUACAGAGGCUAUCACUGAUUUUAGUAAAUUAAGAAACAAUGCUUUGUGGAGAGCUUUCGAAAAGUAUGAAAGUUCUUUGGAGGUUAUAUACAGUUACUAUGAUCAAUUGUGUGCAUUGGAAGGCAAGAUUCCUGCUCAUGAAUUACAAAUCCCAUUCAAAUGGAAGGAUGCAUUUGAUCGAACUAUAUUCGGUGGAAAACUUAGUUUAACAAUUAGCACAUUGUCAUAUGAAAAGGUAUGUGUAUUAUUCAAUAUUGCUGCUCUGCAAAGUUCAGUAGCAGCAACACAAUCAUUAGAAAGCAACGAUGGAUUGAAAUUAGCAGCAAAAUUAUUUCAGCAAUCUGCCGGUAUUUUUAAUUAUCUUAAAGGAAAUGUUAUGAUGGCCAUCCAACAAGAACCUACACCUGAUAUUAGUCCUGAAACAUUAGGUGCACUGUCUGCAUUAAUGCUCGCUCAAGCACAGGAAAUAUUUGUAUAUAAAGCAAUUCACGAUUCCAUGAAAGAUGGAAUUAUUGCUAAAUUAGCUGCACAAGCAGAGGAAUUAUAUGCGGAUGCAUUAAAGUUGUUUCAGAAAGAGAUUUUCAGAGCAUUUUGGGACAAAGAAUGGAUUCCUUUGAUAGCAGGCAAGCAAGCUGGAUACCGCGCGAUGGCUGAAUUUUAUCAGUCGCUAGUAUGUAAAAAUAAUAAAGUAAUCGGAGAAGAAAUUGCUAGAUUAGAGCACGCCGUGGAACUAUUCAAAGCGGCGCAACAACGGUCAAAUAAACCUAAUUUGUUUCAAGAAUAUGCUAACAGAGCUCAAAGGAAUCUUACAGAAGUGAAGAAAGAUAAUGAUUUCAUUUAUCACGAAAGAAUACCAGACGUAAAGUCUUUGGAACCUGUGGGAAAAGCUAACGUUGCAAAAUUGCUGCCUCUACCUGAAGUUUUCAGCUCGAAUUUCAAAGAUCUCUUUGCUGACUUAUUACCCGUUAGCGUGCACCAAGCAUUGUCGUCUUACGAAGUCCGUCGCAACGAACUUGUUAAUUCAGAAAUUUCAAAACUACGCGAAAUGACGCAAGUUCUAAAUAGCGUUUUGGCAAGUUUGAAUUUACCCGCAGCUAUCGAGGAUACGAGUGGUACCGAGUUACCCCAGUCUUUGUUGGAAAAAGCUCAAUACGUCAAAGAAGCUGGUGGAAUAAAUGGUUUGGAAAAUGCUAUGAAAGAACUACCAGAUCUUUUGCAACGAAAUAAAGAACUUUUAGAUGAGUGUGACCGAAUGCUGAAAGAGGAACGCGAAUCUGACGAUCAGUUACGUGAACAGUUCAAGGAGCGUUGGUCGAGAAUACCCAGUACUCGUUUGACGGAGCAGUUUACUGUUAAUUUACGAAAGUAUCGUGAAAUUAUUAACAAUGCUGUAUCGGCUGAUAAAACAAUUCGCGAGAAAUUCGAAAAUCACAAGCAUGGCAUGGAAAUAUUAAGUCUGAACGAUGGCGAUCUGAUUAACGCUGUACCAACUGGAUCAGCAGUCCAAGAAAGUCAUACCGUGACCCAACUUAGGAAGCUAAUGGAGGAUGUUGAAACACUAAAAGCAGAACGCGACGUUAUAGAAAGCGAACUAAAAUCUGUUACUAGCGAUAUGAAAGCGACAUUCCUCUCGGCGCUUGCUAAAGACGGUGCCAUCGACGAGCCAAAUUUAUCCGUAGAAAACAUAGGGCAAACGUACGGACCUUUGCAAAAGCAAAUAAGAGACAGUGUUUCUCGGCAAGAACAACUAAUUGCUGAAAUUCAAAGAUGCCAUGCGGAAUUUACGAAUGAACAAUCUGGCAGUGGCAGUUCAAGAGAAACGAUGUUAUGUAAACUGGCAGCUGCUUAUGACGCAUUUAAAGAAUUAAAAGGCAAUUUGAACGAAGGUGCUAAAUUUUACAAUGAUUUAACACAGUUGUUGGUGGUGUUCCAAAAUAAAAUAUCAGAUUUUUGUUUCGCUCGAAAAACCGAAAAAGAGGAACUAAUGAAAGAUUUAACAAAAAAUUUGAGCCAUAGUGGUCCAGCUACGACUCCCAACAUUCCAGCUCAUCAUAGCGGAGCAUCUGGACAAGGUCAGUCUGGAGCAGACCAAAGUGGAUCAUCACAGUUACCUUAUCCCACAAAUUUCCAAGGAGGAAUGCCCGUACCGUACGGAGCUGGGGUUGCUACACCGUAUCCUGCAUAUAUGCCUCCCCCCAUGCCAGCGACGUAUAAUCCUUACGCAACGAUGCCUUAUCCCACUCAAGGUUACAAUCCGUAUCAAGGCAUGUCUCCAGCACCUUAUGGUGGAUACGCAACUCUUCCACGUUAUGGUGGACAUCCCCCUCCGCAAGGCCACAAUCCGUAUUGAAAAAUAAAGUAUACUUUACGUAUACUGUGAUUAUAAAAUUGUAGCUAUAUGAAUUGAAACAUUCAGGAAGGAAAAGCUUGUACGAAAUAAUAGCGACGAAAUAUAUUUUAAAAGCAUU